GUGUCAAUUCCCCAGCCCCCGUGAGGCUUUCUUUGGCUUCGCCUUGCCGCCUCGGGACCGAGAGUUCAUUCCUUGCCGCUUUUGAUCCUUAAGGGACUUUUUCCUUGCUGCGCAAAUUGCCAAACUGGGGGCAAAGCGGCAGCGAUGUCUUCGGUGCAGGUGCUUUAUCCUCCCAAGAUCCACCACAGCGUGCUCAGCCCGAGCUUCCCCAAAGAGGAGCCGGCUCAGGGGAAGGCGACCUUGGAAUCGCGUUACCACCUGGGAGCUUUGAUCGGUAGCGGCGGCUUCGGAACUGUGUACGCAGGGACACGGCUCAGCGAUUCCGUCUCGGUGGCCAUUAAGUAUGUUGCCAAGGACCGAAUCUUACAGUUCCACCAUAUGAAUGGCACGCUGGUCCCACUUGAAGUCCUCCUUCUGAAGAAGGUGUCAUCUACAGGUUGCCGAGGCAUUAUCCGCCUCCUGGACUGGUUUGAGGAACCCGACGCGUACUUCAUCGUUAUGGAGCGCCCCCUUGUGUAUCAGGACCUCUUUGACGUCAUCACGGACCGGGGCCCACUUCCUGAAACCUUGGCUGCCAGUUAUUUCAAGCAGGUGGUUGAAGCAGUGCAGCAUUGCCACCUGUGCGGUGUAUUGCACCGGGACAUCAAGGAUGAGAACAUCCUGGUAGACCUCUUGCACGGUGAACUGAAGCUCAUAGACUUUGGCUCUGGCGCCUUGCUUCGGGACUCUCCGUAUACAGACUUUGAUGGCACCCGCGUGUACAGCCCUCCAGAAUGGAUCAAAUACCACCGGUACCAUGGCCUGCCAGCCACUGUGUGGUCUCUGGGUGUGCUUCUCUAUGAUAUGGUGUGCGGGGACAUCCCUUUUGAACGAGAUGAAGAGAUCCUUCUUGGGAAGCUCCACUAUCAUUGCAGGGUAUCUGCAGACUGCUGUCACUUGAUCGAGUGGUGCCUCUCGCUGGUCCCGGAGAAGCGACCAUCCCUGGAGCAGAUCCUGGCGCACCCCUGGCUCCUCGUUGCCAUGGAGCACAGCGGGCGCAAAUUGCCGCCGCAGCAGCAGCCACCCACAGUCCCUAAAGCAGGCACUAGCCUGUGACUACAAAGGCCUCUGGACAGCAUUGAGGUGGCCUGACACAGACUGUGGACAAAAAUUCCUCUCAGCCUCUCCUUCACCAACCAGCGGAUGGAUUGUCGAACAGCUGCCUUGCCACUAGGGAGGGGGUGGAGGGGGGGUUGACUCAUGAAAACCCAGGUCAAUGGCAGUAAUGCUGCACAGCCUCACUUACUGUGAAGGUGGGACUGUCUCAUAGCCUUACCAAUGGUAAUACAACAGACCAAUGGGCACUGCUCCGUUUACACAAGGACUCUUGGCCUAUCCUGUUCGCUGGUGAGGCGCAGAAGAUUGGCACCAAACAAGCAGCGUCCAAAAGGCUUUCAGGGCUUUCUGGUGUUUUUUGUUUGUGUCCCCCG